AUGUCUGAUCAAGUAGCGGUAACGUUGGAAGAAGGGCGCAGUGGUUACUCGGAGCGUUCUGGAUUUUGGCAUUCUCCAGAGAUUGUUCAACUUACCCAAAAGGUAAUUGCAGAGGUGAUAGGGACAUAUUUUGUGAUAUUUAUUGGAUGUGGCUCGGUAGCAGUGAAUAAAAUUUACGGUUCAGUAACAUUUCCAGGAAUUUGCUUUACAUGGGGAUUAAUCGUCAUGGUUAUGGUCUAUUCCGUUGGCCAUAUCUCCGGUGCCCACUUUAAUCCGGCCGUCACCGUCACCUUCGCCAUCUUCCGCCAUUUUCCACUCAAACAGGUGCCUCUGUAUAUUGCAGCGCAUGUGUUAGGAUCCAUCCUUGCAAGCGGGACGUUAUGCCUUGUUUUGGACGUGCCCCAAACGGCAUAUUUUGGAACAAUACCAGUUGGACCGAACCUUCGAUCUUUGCUCAUGGAGAUCAUUGCCUCUUUUCUCUUGAUGUUUGUUAUUUCAGGCGUCGCCACAGACAGCAGAGCUAUUGGAGAAUUGGCAGGAAUUGCUGUAGGAAUGACAAUAACCAUCGACGUCUUUGUUGCCGGACCGAUCUCAGGGGCAUCGAUGAACCCAGCACGGAGCCUAGGGCCAGCAAUAGUGAUGCACACAUACAAGGGAAUAUGGAUCUAUUUUGUAGGUCCAUUCAUUGGCACCAUACUCGGUGGAUUUGUCUACAAUCUCAUUCGAUUCACUGACAAACCAUUGAAAGAGUUAACUGACAAACCAGUACUGCGGGAGUUAAGCAAGAGUGCUUCCUUCAUCAAAUCCGUCUCCAAAAACAAUUUUAAUAGAACUUAAUAAUCCUAGCUAAUUCAUAAUAAAUUAUUACGUACUGCUUUGAUGAAAUCGAUCGGUAGUUGAUCUCUUCCCCUUCUACAGCCUGCUGCUGCAUGACAUGCAUACCAAUGGCUUAAGCUUGUGUACAUUAUCCUAGGCCCUAGGGAAUAUGCUGAUUUUGUUCUUUUUUUUUGGAGGUCAAAUAGGCCAUUUGCUGUUUGGAAGGGAGUAUAAAAUAAAAAUCGACUUCUUUUUGUUGAUUUCUUAGUCAGCUUUAAAUUAAAUUGUUUUUCCAUAUUUUUUUUUAAAUGAUUUGUAGCUUUUGUGCCAUGCAUACGAGUUAUUAUAUAUUCGUUUACUCAAAAUAUGAUCACUAUCAUAAUAUGAUUAUUGUUAAUUUAUACAAAAUGAACUAGUUUAUACACGGUAAAUUUUGUAAGAAAAGAAAGAACUUCAGAGAGAAAAGGAAGAAGAGGAAAUGAACAGUCGUUUAUUACAUUUCUUAUUGAGGUAGUAGU